AUGGCGCCGUACCGACCUCCAGGCCGCAGCAACCGCUCUGGUCGAUCCAAUGCCGACAACGAUGUCUUUGAAGGCCUCCCAGUUAAGCAAUGGAGUCAAUCACUCUCGCGAGUCUCACUUGCGCCGCCGGUCAUGGAGGUUCAAAAUCGUGCAGACGACAAAUGGGCAGACCCUCCGAUGCCAAGGGACUAUCAAAUGCUGCAACCCUUUACCCAACAUCUUCUCCGUCUUGCUAGAUCCGGCAGAGUCGGAACCAAGCGUAAGCAGGACCACGAUACCGCAGACGACGACAAACCUGAAGAGGAACAACCUGAGGAGCCCAGCAAAGAUGUUAGCAUGGAAGAUCGCGGUUACAUCGCGAAGAAGUGGAAGCCCGUCCCUGAGCAUCAGCUGGAACCGGAGCACAAGCACUUUGAGUUUCUUGCCAAACGACGAAAAGGCUUGCCAAGUCUGUACGGACCUGAUCAACAAUCCGGUGCUCCUGUAGUGAUGCGCAAGACCAAAGUCCAGAAAGCAGAUGCAAAUGGCGAAGUUGCAGUGUAUGAAGUUCUUGUGCCAGAAGGACAGACCAUGGAGGGUGAAGUCACAGAAUCUACCGAGCUCGCAGAUGUCAAGCCUGUUGUGGCUGCGCCUGGCACGGUCAUCGAGGGUGUCGGUAUUGCGAACGAGGAAGGUGUCGUGGUUGCUGAGCACCUCAAACCUUCUGCUCCACGUCGGAACAGGCCUCCGCCGAAGAAGAAGGGCGGUCCCGGCCGUGGCAAGAAACGAGUCACCUUCACCAAUCCGGAUGGCUCUACAUACACGACUGUGGUUCCCAAUGCCACCAAGAUUGUACCGCAGCCUGGGCAGACGGUCAAGCAUGUUGCCAAGGGUGAAGAAGCUGGAGCGGAUGUUACUGCGGAACAAGCGGCUGCAGCUGCUCCUGAAGAUGGUGUUGAGGGCGGCGAGGACGACAACGACGAUGGCGAAGACGGAUCAGGUAGUGAAGAGGGCGAUGAUGACGACGAUGAUGACAGGGAAGACGGCGACCUCUCGGAUAACGAGGACGCAGCGAAUGGGGAUGAAACGUCCGCAGCUCCUGCACAAAGCAACAUCAUCGCCAACGACAGCAAUGCGACAGAAAUCAAAGAUGUAGCUAUGGCUGAUGCAGCUAUGGCUGCUGAAGCUCCCGAUGCCAAUAUUUCUCAGGGCAUCGAUACCAAUACGUCCGAGCACAUGGAAGAUGUUCAGCAUGACAAGGAGGAUGCACUGGUAGAAGCAAUGGAUGCAGAGGUGGCCAAGGUCGAGGAAGCCUUGCAGGAGUCUCAGCCAGAGAGACCGGAUGACGAGGAGCCGCUAGAGACGCCAAUUGCACCAGAACGUGCGUCAGCACCUCGCGAUCUCUCGAGCUCACCAGAUCGGCCGCUUGCGAAGUCGAGCAGCAGAUCUGGAUCAAACGUCGAGCUACCACCAGUCYCUUUGAACGAUGAUGCACCACCGACUGAAGAAAUUGCCGCUCCAACUAUCGGUAGCUCAGCUUCUCUUGCAAACGAUGAGGCACAUGAACCUGCGCCUGGUGCUACCGACCAAGCUCCUCCCAAAGAUGAAACCACAGCGCGGGACGGCAUUUCAGAGUCCAGCAAGCUUGUUGUUGAGGAGCCUUCCACUGAAGAGGAUGCCGACAAAGCCGAUGAUGCCGGCGAUGAUGAUCUCCUUGGCAACCUCGAAAGACAUCUCGGUGAUGGCUAG